GUACGCUAAGCUAAGCGCCGUCCAUCUCAAUCAAAUGCUAUACUCUGACCAUCAUAAGUUUCCUUUUGGCCCCUCACCUUUUCACUUCUUGCAAAAGAGACACUGGUCGAUAAUAGAUUGGAUUAGGUUUUAUUAUCCUAUUAAAUUUUGAUUUUUUUGUCCACAGAACCUCAAGUCUCCUCCUUGUAGAAAUUUCGUUUCUAACUCUGUCAUAGCUUUCGUAUUAUACUACUGGAGGAGAAUUUCCAGAUAAUUUAUUUUUUGGGGGCAUUCUGUAAGGAAAUUUGGGCUUGAAAUUUUUAUGGUUUUUCUUUAGAAUGAGUGAGUUCUUAAGCUCAAUCCCUCUUUCAUCUUCUCUUUGUGUCACCAAGUUUGGAACUUUAUCUACUAAAUUGAGACUAAACAAUGCAAAUGUUAGAAAUGGCAAGUUGCAGUUUUUUAUGUGCGGUUUUAAACCCACCACAAGCAAAAAUGGCAGCCAAAACCGGGACAUGUUUGCUGAAUUCGUGUUCAAGGAAAAGGUAGGUAUGGGCUCUUCUACUGUUGAAAAUGGAAGAGAAAUAGUUGAAUUGAAGGAAGAGAAGAAGAGCCGAAAGGGUGAAGAUGAGAAUAGUGUUGGUUUAGAAAGACCAAGGUUGAGAAGAGGAAGACAAGUAUUGAGGAGAUCCAAUAUGUUAGCUAAGCAAGUCAUCAGUAUUCAGUCUGCUGUUUCUUUAGGUUUUGUCUCUCAACUUUGGGUGGACACAGCUUCUUGGAUUGUAUUGGUAGUCGAAGUGAGGCCAAACUUACUUUCUGGUGAAUCUGAAAGGUUUCUUCUUGAGGAUGUUAGCCAGGUAGGUGAUGUUGUGCUUGUUGAGGAUGAGACAGUGACAGAAACUGAUUUCAAAAUGGUUGGACUUGAUACAUUGGUUGGAUACAGAGUUGUAACUCCAGGUCGGCGAAACAUUGGGAAGGUGCGGGGAUAUUCUUUCAACAUUAAUUCAGGGACUGUUGAAUCACUCGAGCUUGAUUCAUUUGGGAUAUCUAUAAUUCCAUCAAGUUUGGUCAGUACUUAUGCUUUACUUGUAGAAGAUGUGCUCGAAGUUGCAGCUGACACUGUUGUUGUUCAUGAAGCUGCUGCCUCUCAUAUACAAAGGCUAACAAAGGGUCUUUGGGACAACCAGAAUCCAGGAACUUUGACAGAAGAAGUUGGAGAAUAUGCAGAGUUUGAGAGGCAUGGUAAAUUUGAUGAUGAUCGAGGCACGCGGAGAGGUUUCAGAAGGAAGAAAUCCCACCCAAAAAAGAGAGAAGCAGAGGAUGAUUGGGAGCUUCCAAUGGAUUACUUAUGACCCUCCUACUCCUUAUCAGAGCUUUACACAUUUCAGCCUCACUUGUAGAUAUGUGCUUCCCUCAAAUCUUAUGCCCUUCUGCUAUUGUGUAAAUAUAAACUGCUUUAUACAAGUUUACAUUUUUUAUGAACUUCUUUAUACAA